CUGCCGUAGAAAAUCGAUUGUUAUUAUCACGUGAUUUUGAUGAAGUGAAAGUUGCAAAUUUAGCAGCAAAAUACCAGCACCACAGCACAUCAUGUCGGACCCACCGCCACCGUACAGUGAGAAGGGACAAAAUCCUGGUUAUCCCAACCUGAACCCCGAGAGCUAUCCUAGCCAGCCGGGAUACCCCCAGAACUACACAGCACAAGUACAGCACAAUGUGGUCAUCGCCCAGCCCAUGGGCUACCCGGGCGGAGUUCUGAAGUUCGGCAGAUACCCGCUGCAGAUAAAAUGUCCAAACUGUCAAGCGGACAUUGUGACAGGAACCACAACAGAGAUAGGAACUUUUGCCUGGUGCAUGUGUGUCCUGAUCGCCUGCUUCUGGUUAUGGCCGUUUUGUUUCAUUGCCCUAUGUAUUGAUUCUCUCAAAGACGUCGUCCACACCUGUCCAAACUGCAAAAAAGAACUGGGUCGGUACAAACGUAUGUAAGAUCAACAAGAAGACGAAAAAUCCCAAGAAUGGUAAAAGAUAACCAAGGAACCAAAGUUUAUAUUUGCCAGCUGUAUCAAAGCGAAUAUAAAAUCCCACCAUGUCCAUAUCGCUAUAAAAUCGUUUGUGAUAUUGCUAAUUAACUGUAUCUGUAUAUUGUGAGUGUAUGUUAUAAAUAUUACGCUUUCAACAUAUCAAAUUUUAUCUUGAAGUAUAAAAGGCUUGAUUUCAUUUUCUUCUUUUAAUGAUACGCUUUAUGGUGCCAUCUUCAUUUCCUUUGUUACCCAAGUCAUAAAAAAUGUAACUUGAUCUUAUCAGUUGUAUGUUGACAUAUAAGAAAUAUGUAAAUUACAUUUUAUUAAUUAGAUUGCAGAUUUAAUUAUUUAUUAACAAAAGUAUAUAUACUUAACUUCAAAUAGCCGUAAGCUUUACAAGAAUAAGUACGGGUAUGUUAAGAAAUCUUAUAAAUUUAUUAUAAUAGAUAAUAUGCCCUCUAAUAUUUACAUGUACCUGUUUUAAAGAAAUACGCAAUUUUACAAUUAUGCUUGUAUUUAUGAAAUAUUUAUUGAUUAAAUGCUUUUAUCAAAUCUUUUCUUUUAUAUUUUUUUUACCAGAACAUUUUCAUUAAUAUGAUUUCUUUUUCUUUCGUAUUUGUUUUCAUUUACCAGAAGCAUUAAAUUGACAUACAAAGUUCUCUCUGGUCCUUCACCUUCAUUUUCUUCAUUGAAAACCGUAAUUCUUUUCUUAUUUUUUUUUACGUCGAUAAAUUUAAUUACAGAUAUACGUAUAUUUAACAUGUAUGUUUUAAUCAUUGCAACCUGUUUUAUACAUGUCAUGUGUUAUUUUUAGUAUCCCUUACAAUGUUAAAGUGUUAAGCAGAUAUAAUAUAUUGUAAAAGAGUAGUAUCCUAAUUCUUUCCCCAUACGAAUGUCGCACUGUAUAAAAAUGUCCAAAGAAAUAAAAAAAUUGUUUUCACAAAAAA